AUGAACUUCUACUCUUUCUUCCUUCUUGUUGUUUUGGCUGUCGCCGCUUUGGCCGCUCCACAAAGAGUUAUUGAAAAAACUACCAUCAUCCGCGGAGGAGGCCCAGGAUUCGGAGGACGUCCAGGAUUUGGAGGAGGUUUCAACAGAGGACCACCGGUCCCACCACCAAGAUUCGGAGGACCAGGAUUCGGAGGGCGCCCAGGAUUUGGCGGACCAACCACCAUUGUCAAGCAAACCAUCAUCCGUCCAGGAAAGUAA